CUAACCCAGACAAGCAUAAUGAAUCUGCAGUUCCAGGACUAAGGAUGGACGACCAAGUAGCCUACGUUAGAAAACAUGCUACAGUUGGAUUAUUUUUAGUCUGUGGAGGUAUAGGCUAGACAUCUCCUGCCCUGCACUAUGGACAAAAAACGGAUCUACAUUGCAAUUUAAUGAGAGACAUUGUGCCUUGUGGGAAUUAAGACAUUUUGACAAACAGUGAGCUGCAGCUGCUACAGAUUCAGCUUCCUCUUUUUCUGCUGGGAGUAUCAGGGAAACAUUUGGUGUGUUAUAUGCCAUUUUUUGUAGUUACUGUAUGUAACUUUUCUUUUUUACUUCAAUAAUGAGAAUUAAUGUCUUAUGUGAUCAACUCUGUUAAGUGCUUAGUGUGUAUACAGAGCAGCACAUCUAUUAAAAUAAAGAAAUCAAAUGGGAAGGAUAUUACAGUACAGUUUUUCUUAUUGGAGGUACAAUAUUGCAAUAGUCUGGAGAAUGAUGUCAAGAGCAUGUUCGAUUGGUUCCGUCAACUCUUAGUGAAAAAAGAGUCUCCACAGAGCAGCUCCUCUCCACAUGUACCGGUCAGGACCCCAUCCCCUUCUGUCGAUGGUGCCUCAUCAUUGGUUCCCACCUCCACUCCUAACCCACCACCACCUUUUCUGAGCUCCAUGAUUCGUUGGAGCCAGACCUACGACUUGUGUGUGUGCCAUAGCCCUGUGGACAUCGAAGAAGCAAUCCGUCUGGUCACUUACCUGGAGAAACCGGCAUGUGGCCUGCGCUGUUUCCUGCGGCAACGUGAUGCCAGCGUGGGGGGUGCCAUCCCCACCGAGCUAUGCCAGGCUGUGCAGAGCAGCCAUUGCUGGGCCCUUCUGAUCACCCCCAACUUCCUGCUGGAUGACUGGUGCCAGUACAUGAUGCACCAGGCGCUGUCUGAGGGGCCCAUGUCCAACCGGAUCAUUCCCCUGGUCCUCAACCUGUCUUACUCUCAGUACCCAAAGGAGCUACGCUUUUACUACUACAAAGACCUGAGCAAGAACCCAGAGCGAGGCUACACACAGGUGUACAAGACAGUGCUGAAGUACUUGGAGGACAUGGAUGAAAAAGAUGCUGCUAAAGUUGAUUGCAACAUGCACAGUACUAGCAAUAGAUUGGAAGGGGCAUCUUGUUUUCCAAGGACAAAACUGUCAUCAAACUAUCAGAAUUCUGAGCCUCUGCUUUCACUUCAGGAGAUUGAGAGGACAGAGGCUGCAGAUUCAUAGGACUAUUGUAAAUCACACACUGGAUGCUGCUGAGGUGAGAACAGCUCAUAAUAAUGGAUGGAACGGAGCAAAUGUAAUGCCAUCAAACCCCUGUAAACCAUGUGGUUGAUGUAUUUGAUACCAUUCAUUACCACAAGCUUGUUCUCCCCGAUUAAGGUACCACCAACCUCCUGUGAAAUCACACGAUAGCUAGAAUAAAGAAGGAGCUGACUGACUUAGGGAAAUCCCCUUACAAAAACAACCAACUGGGCACACACUGGUUGAAUCAACGCUGUUUCCACAUAAUUUCAAUAAAAUAAAAUAAUGUUGAACCAA